AAGACCUGCAUUUACUUUUAACAUUGAAAAAAGACCGUCGCUCUUUUCUUCGCCAGAAAUCACACUUCAAGGAUUUAGAUACGGAUUAUCUUCAAUGGCUCGUCAAAUUCGCCAGUUUUGCCGGAGAGGGUACAUUUCCGUAUUUCUUUUUAUUUCUGCCAUGAUGAACACGGUGUAUACCGUCACCCAUUAUUCUGCUCCCGAAGAAAUGGAGGAAGGCUCAGUCGUUGCUAAUUUAGCAACUGAUCUGGGAUUAGACGUAAAGACUCUGAUCACAAGAAAAAUGCGCGUAGACGUUGUUGGCAAUAAGAAAUAUCUUGACAUCAACAAAGACACAGGAGAGCUGUUCAUUCUGGAAAGGAUUGACAGAGAGCUUUUAUGCCCCUUGAAGACAUCUACAUCGUGCUUUCUGAGAUUAGACGCUACGAUUGAAAACCCUAUACGAAUGUUUAAUAUCGAGGUGGAAAUCACGGAUAUUAACGACAACGCUCCUCAUUUUCGACGAGGAACGAUGCAUUUGGACAUCUCUGAAUCAAGCCCUGUUGGAGAGAGAUUCUCAUUGAAUAAUGCUGCAGACCCGGAUGUUGGAACAAAUUCUGUGAAAAAUUACCACCUGAGCUCAAGUGAACACUUCUCCAUUGAAAUUCAGACCGGGAGAGAUGGGACAAAGUUUGCUGAUUUGAUUCUGAAAAAAGCUUUAGAUAGAGAGCAGCAGGCUGUUCAUGAUCUAAUGCUCACUGCUGUGGACGGUGGAGUGCCCACGCGCACAGGUACAGCCAGCAUCGUUGUUCGCGUGCUUGAUGUGAAUGACAACACCCCUUCAUUUGACAAAGACAAAUACAUCAUAGAUGUGAUGGAGAACUCUCCGAUUGGCAGUCUAGUAAUGAAACUAAACGCCACUGAUUUAGAUGAAGGGUCAAAUUCUGACAUUGUUUAUUCAUAUAGUUUAUAUACACCAGAGAAAACACAACAGGUGUUUAGCUUGAAUCCAGAAAAUGGUGAAAUCAGAGUAAAAGAGAUGAUAAAUUAUGAAGAUUUUAAGAUUUAUGAAAUGGAAGUUAUUGCCGGUGAUAAAGGGCCUAACUCCUUAUCUGGACAGUGUAAACUGACAAUACAGGUAACAGACAUGAAUGACAACCAUCCAGAAAUAUCAAUCAAAUCAUUUCAGAGUCCAAUAAAAGAAAAUGAAGUGAUAGACACAGUGAUAGCAGUAAUUAGUGUCAGUGAUAAAGACUCAGGUGACAAUGGAGUGGUUGAUCUUCAUAUUCCAGAUAACAUGCCUUUCAAACUGAGGGAAUCCUCUGAUAACUAUUAUGAAUUAGUCGUGUCAGAGCCGUUAGACCGUGAGAAGGUUCCAGAAUAUGACAUCACCUUCACUGUGACAGACAGAGGUUCUCCUCCUUUAUCUGACAAUGAAACUAUGACGUUAGAACUGCUGGAUGUGAAUGACAAUGUUCCACAGUUCCCUCUGUCAUUUUAUACUAUACGUGUGAUGGAGAAUAACGCACCUGGAGCCCUGCUCAGUUCCCUCACUGCGUUUGACCCUGACCUCCAUGAAAACCAGUAUCUAGUUUAUUUCAUCCUGGAGAAGGAGAUAGCCAACACCUCCAUGUCCAUGCUGUUCUCCAUCAAUCCAGAGAACGGUAAUCUUUACGCACUAAAAACCUUUGACUAUGAGAUCGAGAAUGAGUUUCUUUUCCACAUCGAGGCCAGAGACUCUGGCUCUCCUCCACUCAGCAGUAACGUGACGGUCCACAUCAUCGUAGUGGACCAGAACGACAACGCUCCGGUGAUUGUGUCUCCGUGGCGCGCGCACGGCUCGGUGGUGGAGGAAAAGAUCCCCAGAUCCACCGAUAAAGGCUCUCUGGUUUCCAAGGUGAUAGCCUUAGACACAGACUCGGUGCACAACUCUCGGAUUACCUACCAGUUUCUCCAGGUGACUGACGCCACCUUGUUCAGUCUGGACCAAUACAACGGAGAGAUCCGGACUAUGAGGAUGUUCAGCUACAGAGACCCGCGCCACCAGCGACUGGUUGUUGUUGCCAAAGACAACGGGGAGCCUGCUCUCUCUGCUACAGUCACCAUCAAGCUGUCCACAGUGGAGACUGCCGUGAAGGCCUACUCUGACAUGACUGAGGUGCCUCUAGAAUAUGACAUCUUUUCAGACCUAAACCUGUAUCUGGUCAUCGGUCUGGGCUCGGUGUCAUUUCUCCUGCUGAUCACCAUACUGGUCACCAUCGUGCUCAAGUGUCAGAAACCCAAGCACAGCAAAGCGGCUGCUCCCUGCAGGAACAGUGUGAUCAGUGACAGGAACUCCUCCAUCGCAGAUUCCACUCUGGUGUCCAACGAUGCCUACUGGUACAGUCUGUUUCUAGCAGAGACCAGGAAAGGAAAGAUGGUGGUGAGACAGCCUGUGCCAAAGGGCUCCAGAUACAUCGUGUCCAGUUUACCAAGAGGCACAGGACUGACAGACACUAGUGACUCAGCAGCCUCCACCCUGCAGGUACAGAUGGCCGCGUACUUUACAGUACAUUAAAUAAACCUCUUAUUCCUAACUAUAGUCUUGUUUAAUAUCUGGGCUCCUCUUAAAGCGGUUCAUACUGGUCAGAUUUUAGCUCAAGUGUAUUGGCCAUGUUUUCUGUUGUUGCAGAUAAUAUUGUCUGAGUCAAUUUAAAGUGACAUACAAAGGAAGAAAGAUAAUAUAUUUAGCAAUAUAAACAAUGACGAACUUAAUCCUAAAAUCAAUGAUGACUGAAUGAAUGUAUCAUACUAGAUACAUUGAUAAAAGCAACAACAACAAUAUCACAAAGUCUGUAUAAAAGUUGGGUGUCGUAUAAAAACCACACACAAUUAUUUUUCUGUACUUCUCAUGUUGUCUGUUUUGUGUUUUGCACUUAGUAUGUGACUACUUAGUGACUAAGGAUACUUUAAGUCUUCAAUUUUCAUGCGUGUUAAUCCUCUUCACACACGGGCUCUCCGUUAAAUACUGUAUCAACAAAGCUUUACAUUACUCAAUCUCUCUAAAUGUCUCAAAUUCCUCUUAAAUGUCAUGUUUAUUCAACAGGUUUUGAUUAAAAAUAAACCUAAAUAAAUCAAACUCCCAAUAUCAAACUUAACAUUCAACCAGGGGGAACCAUACCUUCUCACCACUAGCUAAAAAUACUUUUCAUUCAUAACUGCUCAAGAGACAUUUCGGUUUGAUUUUUGGUUUGUGGCGUUUACAUCAGUGGAAUGGUUUUGUCACCACUGUUUUAUUCACUGAAAAUAAAAACACAAUCACUCUAAAGCAGAACGGAAACGUUAUACACAAAGAGCUCUUAAAAUACUUUCUUAGGAAGGUGAAAGUCUGUGAGUAUUGUCAUUGUCAUGCAUAACCAGCUUCAAGUACACAUUCUCUGUUAUUUGAACCAAUAAUAACCAAAAUAAUGCAUUACACACUUUCUCUGUUCUGAACAAUGACAGCGACGACACUGUGUGGUGCAUCUCAGCUCAAUGUGCUCUGCAUCACCACAGUCCAUAUAUGAAAUGAAAAUGCUAAACCCACUGUUAAAAGUAACCCUUUUAUUCCCCAGUGUCAAUGUCAUUUAAUUAUUCAAUGUUUUACUGCGAAUGUUGAUCUCUAUCUAUCUAUCUAUCUAUCUAUCUAUCUAUCUAUCUAUCUAUCUAUCUAUCUAUCUAUCUAUCUAUCUAUCUAUCUAUCUAUCUAUCUAUCUAUCUAUCUAUCUAUCUAUCAUGGUAAGUAUGCUGCUCGAAGAACACACAAUGAUACAGCUAAAUGUAAAAGAGUCUAACCCACCUUUAUAGAUCACAUUGUAACAAGCUGCAGUAUCUGUUACAAAGGGUCACACUAAGUCUGUGGUAUUUUUCAAGUUCACAUUUCAUUCAUAGUGCCUCGACACUGACUCUGUGAUCAUAGGAUACACACACACAUAAUCAUUUGAUGUGCUUGCAAUGAUCUGACCAUUGAAUUGCUUGUUUCUUUUUCUCCCCUACU